GGGUGAAUUUGGUUGCAAGGACUGGCGGUGGGGGGAGCACAGCCUUGCUGGAAGAGAAUGCUGGAAGCUGGCCUUAGAGGAAACAGCCCGGAUGGCAACCAGAUAUGCUUGACCUUCAUUUCAUGCUGGGAGGGGGGAGUUAGGACUUCACACUAUAAAAAGAUGACAAAGGCAGAGAUGCUCUGAAGCAGUCCAGCCCAGACACCACUAUGAAGUUAAUACAGGAAAAGCCCUUGCUGGUGGCGUUCUUACUUGUGAUGGCCACCCACUGCAUUGGCCAGAGGAACAAUCCUGUUAGAAGCCCAUCCUGCCGCCCUAUCAAUGCUACCAUUGCUGCUGAGAAGGACGACUGCCCUGUCUGCAUGAGUAUCCCCACCACUAUCUGCGGCGGCUACUGCGAGACGAGGGAGAUAUUGUUCGAUGUGGUCUCACCCUUUGUCCAAAGAGUCUGCACCUACAAGGAUGUGCGCUAUGAGACCGUGCGCCUGCGAGGAUGCUCAACGAGAGUCGACCCAUCCUUUACCUACCCUGUGGCCCUUAGUUGCCAUUGUGACCUCUGCAAGGUGGACUCCAGCGACUGCACCGUUCGGAGCAUUGGGCCCGAUUUCUGCAUCAACCAACGUGCCUUUUCCCAGUGAAAGGGGCGCA